GAAAGCGGACAGCACUGGGAGAAAUAAACAGCGACAAAAGCGAGACAGGGCCGGGACUAGCGUCUGACUCGGACACACCGAGAAUCACACAAUGAAAGCUUUUUAAUAAUUGACCAAUGGCUAUCAUUUCUAUUGUGGUUUCGUUUAAUUAAUGACACAAAGAAUACCAAGAAUCUACACUGUCCUGUUGUCACAAAGGUUGUUUUGGGGAUGGGUUGGGACUGAUUACUCAGCUGAAUAAGCAUCAUCUUCAUCCUGGUUGUAAUGCUGGACUUCAUCACAAUCUAAACCUGAUCUUGAGAGAGAGUGCUUGGCAAACACCUGGUCUCUGGAAUGGAAAGGGAGGGAAACAAAAAGUCACUGGAGCUAAAUCUAUGAUCAGCAAUGAGUGUCAAGGAGCAGUGCUGGAGUGGAGAGGAAUCUGAUGGGGACAUUGACUCUGAAAACAUCAUCUAUGGAGCACAGGGUAAUUAUGCUGCUGAUCUUUACUGCCACCCGCAGUUGGACACAGAUGUUGGAGCUGUGAAGGAUAUCUACUCUGACAGUGCUGUUGGUGUAAGGGAGUAUGAGGCAAUUGAUGAUGUGGACAUUGACUUGCACAUAAACAUCAGCUUUUUAGAUGAGGAGGUUGCCUCAGCAUGGAAAGUCAACAGAACAGAACCUAUUGUUCUACGCCUUCGAUUUUCAUUGUCUCAAUACUUGGAUGGUCCAGAGCCUACAGUGGAAGUGUUUCAGCCAUCCUGUAAUAGUUUCAGCGUUGGUGUACAGCUCAAGAGAAUUCUUAGCACAUUCAUAUCGAAUCAGUGGAAACACCUCAGCAAUGAAUUUUUGAGAGCUCAGCAGAAGAAGAGACAUAGCUGGUUCAAAGCUGGAGGAACAAUAAAGAAAUUCCGGGCUGGCCUCAGCAUCUUCACACCAAUAGCCAAGUGUCCAAAUGUACCCCUGAUCCAGGGACCUGGAGAGAAGGGGAGGGCAUCAGGGCCUGAGCCAAGAGUCAGCCGCCUUAUGAGCCGUUCAGUAUCAUGUACCAUGAAGAUGCCAAAAGGAGACCUUCUCACAUACGCACCCAAUGGACAGAAUGUGGCUGUCUCUGGCUCCAGAUCAACAGUUCAGAUCACCACCAAGCAGCUUAUUGAGCUGUUUUUCUCUUCACAAGCUCUCCUACAUUGCAAGAGUAUUCCUACUCUGGAAUAUGGUUUUCUUGUACAGUUAAUGAAAUACUCAGAACAGAGAAUUCCCACCCUGAAUGAGUACUGUGUGGUCUGUGAUGAGCAGCAUGUCUUUCAGAAUGGCUCCAUGCUCAAGCCAGCAGUGUGUACAAGAGAGCUGUGUGUGUUCUCCUUCUACACACUGGGAGUUAUGUCAGGGGCUGUUGAAGAUGUGGCAACAGGAGCUGAGGUGGUUGAUUUGCUGGUAGCGAUGUGCAGAGCUGCCCUAGAGUCAUCACGUAAAAGCAUUAUAUUUGAUCCCUACCCAUCCGUGGUUGACCCAUUUGAUCCCAAGGCUUUGGCCUUUAACCCUAAGAAACGAAGCUAUGAUCGGCUGCAAAAAGCACUGGACAGCAUCAUGUCGAUACGAGAAAUAACACAAGGCUCUUAUGUAGAGAUAAAGAAACACAUGGAUAAGUUGGAUCCACUUGCACAUCCUCUGUUACAGUGGAUUAUAUCUAGCAAUCGAUCUCAUAUUGUGAAACUGCCUUUAAGCAGGCAACUCAAGUUCAUGCACACUACCCACCAGUUUUUGUUGCUCAGUAGCCCUCCAGCCAAGGAGGCUCGAUUCCGCACAGCUAGGAAACUAUAUGGCAGCACUUUUGCCUUUCAUGGUUCACAUAUUGAAAACUGGCAUUCUAUUCUCCGAAAUGGACUUGUUAAUGCUUCCUACACAAAGCUGCAGCUGCAUGGGGCAGCCUAUGGGAAGGGCAUCUACCUCAGUCCCAUCUCCAGCAUCUCUUUUGGAUAUUCAGGGAUGGGUAAAGGACAGCACCACAUGCCCACAAAGGACGAGCUAGUACAUCAUUAUAACAGAGUCAACACCAUCUUACAGAGUCUCCCAGUGCAGUCGAGGUUUCUUCAGAGUCGGAAUCUUAACUGUGUCGCUCUUUGUGAGGUAAUAACAUCUAAAGAUCUCCAGAAACAUGGGAAUAUUUGGGUAUGCCCUGUGCCUGACCAUGUCUGCACUCGCUUCUUUUUUGUGUAUGAGGAUGGUCAGGUGGGAGACGCCAACAUUAACACACAGGAAGCUCGAAUUCAGAGAGAGAUCCUGCGAGUGAUUGGUACACAGUCAAGUUGAAAGCCAUGAUUUGACUCAUUGAGAGACCGAGGAAAGAGAGAACUGACCUUGAAAUGGGUUCAUGUGAUCCCAUUGAUCACUGCUGCCAAAUUACAAAGUAGUUGUGACAAAGGGAACUUUAUAAAUUUUUUUAAUGAGGUUGUUUUUAACCUGUUUUUUUACGCAUUCCACAUUUGUGUGUUUGGUAUGUGUUUGUAUAUAUGUAUGUGUGUUUUAUCUUAACAACAUUCCUCUGCACACUAUGUUAUGCCUUCUGUCAUUUUUUUUUUUUAAAUUCCUCCCAUUUGUCCACUUAGGGCUCUGUUGCUACAUUCAAACGCUGUCAAAUUUAAUGCACAAGUCACCGUUAUUUGUUUGUCCUUUGAUCCAGAAAACCCCUUUCUGAAGUUAAUGUUCUUAGAUGAAAAGGUGCUACAAUAGAUGUCAGCAUAAAAGGGGUGCUAAAGAUUGUGUUACCAGGAGAGGCCUGAUAAAUGUGCUUCAUUAUGACUAAUGUAAAGAAAAGUUAUUAUUCUGUUUGGUAUACACCACUUACUUCAAUUUACACUUUAUUCCAAUCGAACUAUAAUUUUACUUAUUUAGAGUUUGAUUAGGUUUGAGCUUUUUAUAAUAUGUGGUCUGUUGUUUUUAAUGGUAUAAAAAAAACAGAUAUUAUAAAGGUGACAUUAACCGGCCUUACACUUCAUCAUAAUGUUUCAGAAGAUGAAUAUCUAAGCAAUCUCUUCAGCAUCAAACACUAUACAAUUAAUAUGUGCUUUUCCGCAAAGAGACAACUGCCAUUUGUCUUAGCAUUAUAUUUAAACAUAUUAUAAAUGUGUGAUCAUGUCUUUUGCCUCUAAGGUAAAAAAAAGGUGAUGUUUUGUGGUCAUGGCCCAUAUUUGUACGGAAACUUUUUUUUUAAAUAAAAUAAAAGCAUGAUACUGAAAAUUA